GGCUGCUACAGGAAUAUACCACUCUUUCCUAGAUAUACACGAUGAGACUCUCCCGCACCCCAACACUAAGGUGUGUGAGGUGUCUCUCGAUGACGCCACUCCUCGAGCAGAACGUCAAGCCGUACCAAAUUAAGCUGAAGACGGUCCCUUCAGCAAGAGGUGAUUUACCGAGAGGUGAAUACAGAGAGGUGCCUCCUAAAGCGAAAUCUCCUAAAAUGUUGGCUAAUCUAAAGCCCAAUCCAUGUUUGGCCAGACUAAAAAGUGAUUUGCAAUCAGCGCCGCGCGCAGAACCUCGGGCAACGUCUGCGCUCGCCUUAGAUGGGUCACUUACCGUUGGCAUCACCCCAUCUUUGGCAGCGUUCAUCACCAUGGGCUUUUCCCGUCUCGCCGAGCUUGUUCACACCGAUGCUUACACUUUGCCGCUUCUCCGCGACCUUGCUGUGAACAACACCGCGGUCAAACACGCGAAGUUUCACCAGCUCUGGAGAGACGUCACACAGCAGUUGAAACACGCAGCAACAGUCUCUCAUGGGCUGUCUACCUCAGUCACGACCUCACCUGCAACGAACCUUGCGGAUUUCAUUCUCCCCGACCCUUCCAGCUGCGCCAACCUCAUCCUCUCUACCUACAAUAACUCUUUUCCAUCCUCCCUUGCCAGCCAUCACAAUCUCCCCACUCAGCCUGCCCAGUUGACGCACAUUCUCCAGCACCUUUACUACCAAUACCUCGUUCCGGCAAAAAUCGCGCAGAUACCGCCGCGUAAGCUCAACAUCGAUAUCCUGAACCCCGCGGAAUGGUUCCCGGAGGCACGCAAAAUCCGCCGCAAGGUGAUCAUGCAUGUAGGGCCGACCAACUCAGGUAAGACAUACCGUGCGCUCCUUCGCUUGGAGCGCGCGGCGACCGGCUACUUUGCGGGGCCGUUGCGGCUCCUCGGACGUGAGAUCUACGAGCGCAUGCGCGCGAAAGGAAUCCGGUGUAACCUUAUCACAGGUGAGGAGAUCAUCCCCGACUUGGACCGCUACGGAAACCCCGCGGGGAUCUCGUCGGGAACGGUGGAGAUGAUUGACUUACGCAACGAGAUGGAGGUAUGCGUGCUCGAUGAGAUCCAGAUGAUUGCGGAUGAGUAUCGCGGGUUCGCCUGGACAAAUGCGUUCUUGGGGGUCAAGGCGCGCGAGAUACACCUCUGUGGCGAGGCAAGUGCGGUUCCAUUGAUCAAGAAGUUGGUAGAGAUCACGGGCGACGCUCUCGAGAUCAACCACUAUGAACGUUUGGGAAAGUUGGAGGUGUCCAACCGCUUUGUUAACAUCCGCAGCUUGAUGCCUGGCGACGCAGUCAUCGCCUUCAGUAAGCGCGGCAUCUUAGAGCUCCGCCAGAAGAUUGAAGAGCAGACUAUGUACAAGUGCGCAGUGGUGUACGGUGCGUUGCCUCCGGAGACGCGUAACGCGCAGUCGGACGGGUUUAAUACCGGGAAGUACGAUAUUUUGGUGGCGAGCGAUGCCGUAGGGAUGGGUUUAAACUUGAAGAUCAAGCGGAUUGUAUUUUCCGCGGUGGAUAAGUUCAAUGGGGAGGAGAUGGAGGUCGUUUCACCGCCACAGAUCAAGCAGAUAGGGGGGAGAGCGGGUCGUUACAGAGUAGCACCCGUAAACCGGGCCCCCGAAGGAAGGUCUAUUAGCGGUUAUGGCUCGGCUGGUAGUAAGUUUGCUUCUAUCUCUGUCCCUGAUGCUGAGGCUGCAUCUUUGCCGAAGGCAAAUCUGCAAAUUUCAAAUCGUUCGGUUAACCUCCCUGCGGAUCCCCCCGGGGUUGUCACAGCCUUUUCUCACUCCCAGCUCAAAACCGUUCGUACUGGGAUGGCUGCGCCUAUCCACUACCUCACCCGAGCGUCUCUCUGGCCAUCUGACCCCAUCUUUGCGCGCUAUAUCUCAGAGUUCCCUCACUCUGCCACCUUCUCGCAGGUCCUUGCGGCCUUCCAAAAAGACGUCAAGAACUCUGCCAACUAUGAAAUUUCCUCGUUGCGCCCGCGCAUGGAAAUCGCCAUCGCGCUCGAAGACAUAACCACACGCCACGCGCAGCCCAUCAUGGUCAGCGACGUGCUCAAAUUCGCCACUUCUCCCGCCAAGUGCUCCGAUAAGGCUGCGGCCGAGAAAGAACUCUUCCAGAGCUUUGUGCGCACUGUGAUCAGCGGUGCCACCACCCAGAUCCUCGACUACAGUAAUCUCCCCAUUGAUAGCUUGCGCGUGACGCAGCCUACUGGCAAUGAAAACGUGCUCACUCAGUUGGAAAUCAUGCACCGCGCGAUCUCGCUCUUCUUGUGGUUCUCGUAUCGCUACCCGAACUUCUUCGUCGAUCGCGAAGGCGUCACUGACUUGAAGCAUGUGUGCGAGAAACGCAUCAUGGAAGAAUUGGCGUGCUUGAAGGUGAUUAAACGGACGCAGUGGAAGGGUAAGAAUGGAGGGAGUGGAAGUUGGGCGAAGAAAGGGGAUAAGCCCAAGUCCAGGCCUAAGGGUCAGCGAAGAUAGACUGUCCUAGAUUCGUGUAUUAUAGAUGUAUAUAUCAAAUCUUGUAUAUAGCGCCACGGGAUGGCUUACUUGUGAGCCUCUGUAAAGUAGUGAGACUAGGAUUGCACACAUAUGAGUGAGCAAGGCAAAAGUCACGUUAAGAGCAGGCACGCUAGCCAGUGAUCAGCAUUAGGUAUGAAUCGAA